AUGAUGUUACUCUACAAUAAAGAAAGAGAGGCCAGAAUUAUUGCUGCUAGACAGAGAUUUGAAGCUAGAACCAGGAGAAGACAAGCUCUACAUGAAAGACGCUUAAGGGAAAAGCUCUACACUAAAAUAGAAGAAGCAAGAAAGAAGAAAGAGGAAGCAGAAAAUGCUGCAAGGCUUGAAGCAGCUCUACGUGAGUCUGCUAGGCUUGAUGCUCUGGAACAAGCUGCAAAACUAGAAGCUGAGGUUGGAGCCCUUAAAGCUCAAGUGCUCGCUCCUGUUCAGGUCACAAACAUCGCCUCAUCCUCUGCACAAGCUCCUCACUCUGAACAAGCUGCUCCGUCUGCUCCAGUUCAGUCAGACUCCAGACUUGACCUCAUUGAAAGAAGACUUGAUUCUCAAGAAGCUCUUCUCCAGAGUCUUCAAGAGAUGUGCGCAGAAAUUUUGAAGAGGACAACUAAACCUUAG